UAAUAACUGGAAUAGGAUAAAAAUAUAUCGUGCCACAACGAUACUAAUCACUUGAUAGGAAAAAAGCACUUACCAUCACCAUUGUGUGCCGGCUAUCGGUUUUGUUCCCACACUAAUGAGAAGAAACAAAUGUCAGAUCUGAUUUGUCUCACGUAGCAUUUCCAAUGGCUAAUGGCAUUGAAAAGGGAACGGAAGACUUACGCGUAAUUAAAUCGGAGAAAUUUGAAAGUGAACUAAUGGAUAAUACGCCAUUAUCAGCGAAACGUUCGGGACGCACCAGUCCGAGUGUUACGCCGUACCUGUUGUGCGGCACAGCUCGUCGCCGCUCGUUGAGCGGCGAAUCGAGCACGGACUCGUCCGAUUCCAACCAUACCUGGGAUCACAAGCGAGGCGGCGUUAACAGCAAACGCUUGCACAAGGUGCGUGCCGCUGCCAUGCGACGAGAGGUGCGGCGUUCACGCUCGUCCAGCUCCUCGUCCAACGCCAGCGAAUCGCCAUCCAACGAGAAUGUGGCUGAUGCCGUGCUGGUAAAGGGUAUCAGUCCCGCCACAAAGCGCAUUAAGGUCGCGCCUUUUGCCUCGAAAUUGGGUCCAUUAGAAUCGGGCACCCCGAAGUCUGGCGCAGACACCAACAAUAAGGGAGCCGCAGAGAUUAAGCAGCUGAGUGUCAUCAAUCUGAAUUUUGUCGGGAAGCCAUCAGAGAUCAAUGGCAACUCACGUGCUGCCAACGAGCCGGCACGCCGAGUCCCUGGUAAGCCGAAAUCCGCAUUCGCUUCCAAGCAAACUCUGGCAGCCAAAGCGCAGAAGCAAAAGGAGAACUAGAGCGAGAGUGCCUCUAAAAGAUGACACAGGCGACGAGAAUGGGACAUGCAAAAAGGCAACUGCGCGAGGGACUCUGCCCACACAUCAAUAAUAAAUUCUAUUCUGGCAUUUUAAAUGCCACACAUGAAACAUAUACCACAAUCCUUACUCAAGCUGCCGUCGAAGUGGCAUUAAGCUGUGUUCCUAAUAAAUUUAAUCAAAAAAAAUCUUGAAAUGUAACAAUAAUACGCAUAAUAUUAAAGCUAUAAAACUGGUACAAAUGUACGAUUCCUUAGUACAGGCAUAAAGCUGAUGAUCCGCCUCGAAAGUCUACUGGAAAUGUUAGCCGAGGGACCCAUUUAUUUGUUCACAGUAAAAAUGCAUUGAAAU